AUGGCUUUGCAGAAGACGCUGGCAGUGAGGCCAACCCCAGAGGAAGAGGUGAAAGUCUUAGAAGUGGAGAAGGAGAUUUUGAAGCUUUGCCAGGUCCUGGGGGCACAGGGAUCCCUCCGACGCAUGGGGGCCUUCUACUUGGGAGUUCCAGAGCGGAAUGCCGAGUUGGAUUUGGUCUUCGUCUUGCCGGAAGGUAGCGCGACUCAACCCGCAGAGUUGCUGGAAAAGUUGCAAAAUGCUUUGCCCAAGGCCAUCCGAAGCUUUCCCCAGGGCUCCUUAAACGCCCCGGGUUUGCGGUGGCGCGCAAGCCAUGCACGCCACGUGCAGCUGUUUCUAGCGAAGGAGGAGAAACCUAACCCAUCAACGCCAGCACCCAGCGCCAUACCGCCCUCCCUUGCAGCCCUCUAUGCACAUGAGGUGAGCUCACAGAUUCUGGCCAGUGUACCUUCACAGGAAGUCUUUCAGGACUUGUUGCGGGUUGUGAAGCACUGGGCCAAGCGCCGUGGCCUUUAUGGAAACCUUUUUGGAUUUUUUGAUGGGACCACCUGGGCCCUAUGCUGCGCAAGAGUUUGUCAGCUCCAUCCGAAAGCAGUCUUACAUGACCUGCUCCAGUUUUUCUUCGCACUCCUGGGCCGUUCGGAUUGGUCCAGCCCCAUCGCCCUUGAUACGGGCGAUAGCCUGGCGCCCACGGUGCCCAUGGUGCCUGGCACCCUAAUGCAGCUGCCCGGGAACGUCUAUGGCCCAGCGCGCGCGGCCCACUACGAAGUGAGCGAAUCCGUGAUGCGGGUGGUGCAACGCGAGCUCCGCCGCGCCGAGCAGAAGAGGGUCCCAGAGUUGUGGGCCGAGCACCAAUUCUUCAGCCGCCAUCGUCACUACAUUCGCUUUGAUUUUAUGGCAAGUAGUGAUGAGAUUUUGGAGAAGUGGUGGGCUUGGGGGCAGCAACAACUUCCCGAGUUGCUUCACAUUUUUGAAUCGCAGUUGGACAGCAAGGUGUCGUUAAGGCCCUGGCCAAGUUCGUUGAUCUUUAAAGAUGAAAGCUGGAGUCAUACCAAGGCCGUGUUUAUAGGGCUGCACAUCCAGCAAGCGGAGCAGAAGUGCACGCUUGACCUCAGGGAGAUCAUGGUCAAGUUCCUGGAAAGGAUCUCUGCAUGGCCCGAAGCAGAGGCUCACCAGAAGCAGUUUGAGCUGAUGAUUCGCGCUGUGUCGUCGCAGGAAAUGCAGUCGUGGCUGCGAGACCAAGGUUCGCCUGGCGUCAAGGCGCUUGAACAUGAGGUGAUGUCACCAAGUCGAAAGGACGGCUACGGUCCUGCCAUGGCUGCGACCGCAUAA